AUGUGUACACUUCGCGCAGUCUGCGAAGAAAAGGAUGUAUCGGUAAAACCAGCGACAAAACUCAUUAUAAUACUACGAUCUUUCCGCAACAAAAUGUUUUCAUUUUUACCAACAACAGUAGAAUCCUAUGCCUCUCCAUCCGCAUCUGCCAAAGUCAGCCCACUUUUUCAAUCAUCAACAAAUUCAUUCUUUUCAACUAAACCACCACCAACUAACGUCUCAGUUUCGGUUAAUCCAUCACAAACUUCAACAGCAAGUGACUUUCGACAACCAACUUUCGUGUCUGAGUCUACAACAAUGAUUUCCACGUCACUUCCUCAUUCAAUCCGUUUACUUCUUUCCAUUCCUAAUGUUAGUGUGUACACAUUCGGUGAAACAUAUUUAAUUGGUUAUUGUCAUUCUGAACAUUGUUUGUAUGUUUAUCAGUGGAAUAAAUUGUUUUCAUCAAAAACAAUGCCAGACAAAAUUACUACAGAACAGUGCCAGCGUUUACAUUUAUCGUCAUCACCAGCGUGGUCGAUUCAACGUUUAUUAUUGAAUAAAAAUGAAACGAUUCUUACUAUGUUAGCAGAAAAAGUUGCUUAUAUCAUACAUUUACCUCCAUAUUUAGCAAUCGAGAAGGAUGAAAAUAAAAUUAGUAAAUCACCAGAAAACCCGUCUCACUCAUCUGUUACUGAUUUAUUUUGUCCAAUCAUUCGUUUAUCUCCACCUACCGAGUCAUCAUUGAUGUAUUUGAUUGAUUUUAUCUGGCUACCAUCGCCGUUUGAUCAAUAUUUUCUCGUCGCCUACUCAAACUCUCUAUGUUUACUCUACAAAUUGUCAAAAUGUAAUAAACGGUAUGAUUUAUGUCAAACCCAUUCAAUAGCAUCGACACCAAAAGCUAAGAAAAUAUCACUAAAAAGUUUGACGGAUAUAGUUAAGUUGGAUUAUGGACAACCGAAAUAUUCUCAAGAAAAUCAACAGAUUUAUUUACCAAUAUUUGCUAUUAAAACUGAUGGAGAUAUUUACUGUUUAUAUUUGUGUCAACAGGAUAUUAAGAACAAUUCUCAGCCUUCAUCGUUUAUUGGUCCAUUACGUAUUUAUCCCACUUCAUAUGAUAAUUAUGGAUGUCGUACAACAACAAUGACUUGUCUUAAAUCUUCUUCGGGACCAACAUGUCUCGUCUAUAUACGUGAUGAAUCUAUCUUGAAUCAAUCUCUUGUACUUCUUGAUCAAUUAUUAAAUAAAUCUAUACAGCAGGAAGAUCAACAACAACAUCAUGAGACGAUCUUAUAUACAAUCGAUUCAAUUAUUCUACCCGAAUCGUCUGCCUCUUCGCAAAUGUUAAUUAUACAUGAUCCAUUGUCAGAUAAACGUUAUUAUGUGGCAGAUAAAUCAAAUAUCUAUUCAGUCGAUGUUGAAUGGUUGGACGAUGUGAAACAAAUGCGAAGCUCGUCAAAUUUUUAUGAGCAGAAACAAAUGCUAAGUUCAAAAGUCGAUCAUUUAAUGACAACAACACUGACAAGUGAAGAGAAUAAAAAAACAGCAAUAACGAAAAAAGAUAAGCGAGAUGAAAAAAUUAAAUUCAUGGGCUUAACACAAACGGAAAAUAAUGGACAAUGGCUGUGUAUAAUAACAGAAAAUGAUUAUGAAAAUGACAAACAUAUUGUUCUUCUGCGUCCAAACUCUGCUUAUUUGCCAUCAAAUGUCGAUCGAUCCUACUCAUGCGUUAUAGACAAACCAAACCAACAUUCAACAUCUACAUCUGUUCAAACAAACGAUGAUUUUGUUCAACAUAUUCGCUCUCUACUGUUAUCUCGGGAUCAAAAUGUGCCUCAUUUACGUCUAACAAAUUCACAAAAUGCUCAACUACCCAUAUCUGAUGUUGAUUUUGAGAAAAAUUUACAAAAAUUUAUCAGUAUUUUUACUAAUAAUUAUUUAUCAAAACAAUUACGAGUUCAGAAAGAAUUAGAAAAUAAACAACGUUAUCUAGUUGAUUUGAAACAAAAACAAUUAAUUGCCUCUCAAGAAUUGGAAACAAAAUUUAAUAAUAUUAAACAUCAGAGUGACAACAUAUUAGAAACAUAUUCUCAGGAACGACAACGUCGAAAAAAUAUGGAGCAAAAUUUGAACGAUAUAUUGUCUGUAAUUGAAAAUACGACACCGGUGUUAAGUGAACAAGAAUUAUUGAUGAAAGAACAAUUAGAGAAAUAUCAUAUACAAUUAAAACAUUUGAAAACAAGAACAGAACUGGUCGAUGAUUUUAUACAUGGUGAACAAUUCGAUGAUAAAUCAUUAAAACAAGUUCAAGAAUUUGUGCAGUGUUAUCAACAGAAAAUUGAGUUGAUAAAACAGCAAUUAGAUGAAUUAUGA